CUUAGUUUCGCUUUUCCUCCUCUUCCCGUGAAGCGUGUCGAUCUUCGAAAGUUGAGAAAAGAGAAAUCAUCGUGAAACACAUGCAAGAUGGCAGAAGCGGGCAGGAUUGUCAGGGUGAGCGGGCUGCCCACGGACCUGGAAGAUGACAGGCUGAAAGACAAGUUACUCAUUCACUUUCUCAGAGCCAGGAAUGGAGGAGGGGAAAUAGACCAUGUCACGAUUGUGAAACCAACGCCUUCAUCUGCUCUCAUUACCUUUGAAGACAGUGCAGUGGCACAGAGAAUUGCUCAACAAUCUCGGCACAUUCUGGAAAUAGAUGGGAAGAAGUAUGAACUCAAUGCUUCAGAGAGCCCAGAAAGCUUGGACCCAGAUCAGGUUGUCUUAAGCUUAACAGCAACAGUUGACUACAGCAGACUUCCUGGGGGAAUCAAGGCAUUAAAAAAACUUCAUAAAAGUCAUCAGGAGGUCCAGAUAAAGCCCAUUGCUACUGAGAAGUGUUGCACACUGUUUGGCUCGUACUGUAAAGUCCAGGCUGCUUUGGCUGAACUACUUGGUCCCAGAUUGUUAGAGAGCAAAGACUCAGGUCCAAAUGCCUCCAGCAGGACUUGGUCAUUUCAGACAUCGCAGGAGCCUCAAGUGUCAGACGAUCAGAGCAGAGAACCGAUCAGGCAAGAGGAACACAGAGAAGUCGAAGAUGACGCUGAUGUUUCAACAAAGGGGGAAAACUUCACAUCAAACAGAAAUCGUGCUCUUGGUGGAGAUGACUGGGAAACUGCCAAUCACACAGAUAGCGCAGCUCAAUGCCCUCCAACUGCUUUCAUAGAGGAGUCCUCUUUGAUUGUGGAUGCGGACGUGUUCCAGUAUCUGGAGAAGCACAGCAAGAAGGAAUACCAGCAAAUUCUCAGUCAGUUUGGCGUUGAGGUGGUUAACGAAACAAAUCAGGGCCUGACCACUUUGUUUUUGCAGAUUGCUGAUACAACAGCAUUGGAGGAGGGACAAGACAGCAUGAAACUAGCUAAACAGGCAAUAAGUCGACUUUAUCAGGAAAAUGAGGCAAAGAUCUGCCGAGACCAGCUCCCUAAAAUUUUAAUUCGCCCCAGAGGAGGACUGCAAAGGGCACUGGAAAAUGUAAGUGCAAGAUAUCCAAAACUUCUUCUGAAUGAAGAUGAGCAGAAUAUUUACUUGAUUGGUAUCAACAAGGAUGUAGCAGAUGCCAGAUACUCUCUUCUAAUGGGCCAGGAGGACGAUAGAAAUAAAAAGGAAGGUGUUGCCAGUCUUCUUAAUUUUCCUUCAUAUAAUUCUGGCUCAUCACCUUUUCAUGCUGAUGAGGAGCGAUUACCCCAGACUGCUCUUCCUACUGAAGGACAGUUGAAUGAAAGGAUAGAUCGGCUGCAGAUAUCUGAGGAAGAUGAACUAAGAAUUGAUGGAGCAAGAAGGUAUAAACUGGCUGCUCGGUUUAAAGACUCAGGACUUUCCGUUUUAGGCGGCUUUCCCUUCCGUCCAAAUUCAUCACCCAGCAGGCAAGUGCAUCAGGAACCGAUUCUGGGGCAUGAUGUGCUGUCUGGAACAACACAGAUUUCUGGUGAAGGAGUUUCGAGAGCAGCAGCCCAAAAUACUGGAGGGGACAUAUUGUUCAAAACCGUGCACACAUCUUCUCCCUCUUCAUUCUCACCAAUUAAAACCUCUUUAACUACAGAUAUGACAGAGACCCGGCCAAAAAAUUUAGCAGCUCCAUUUGCUUCGAUUCCGUACAGCCUCCCAAAAAGCAGUGCACUUCCACCUUCAGGGUCUGGAUCCACUUUAAAGCGAGCCAGUAGUUUCUCAGGAACACCUCAACAGAAAGCUCAAAUCUUGGGCCAGAAGAGCCAAGACGAUUCCAGCAAACCUUCAGUCGGAGUCCGUGAGCGGUCUUCCAGCUUUAGUAGUCAGACUGUGAGGAAUAAACAAGAAGUCCAUCAUGAAGAGAUCUCAGUUUCCCAGGUUAUGUGGCAAUACAUAAAGGAGGCCUACAGCACCCGGGUGGAGGACCUCACGUCUGAUCUCCAGAUGAAAGAGAGCUACUCUGAGGGCAAUCAGAAUUUGACUGUUAUCUUAAGAGGGGCUGAUUCGUCCAAAGUGAUAUUAUGUCGGGAACGUCUACAGAAGCUUGUUGACUUAGUCAGUGGUGACUUCUCAGUUAAGGAGCUGCUUUUGUCAGAGUUGGGGGUCUCUAGUACCGAAGAUGAAACCUUACAGGCUUGUUGCUCUGAAGUGCGGAGCCGCUUUAAGAAGGUUGUUAUCCACACAAUGAAGAAAAACCUGUAUCUUGUUGGUCCAGAAGAGCUGUGCUCCCAGGUUGCUGCUACGCUGAGGGAGGUAUUUUCUAAAGAACCCGAACAGCACGACUUCUCUGACCAAUUUUUACCAUUGAAUCCAACCCAAAGCAGAAAACGAGCCCCAGACAGUGCGUAUCAGGUGCUAAAAUCCACCCACGCUGGGAUAGUUGAUGGGAACAGUGAGAGUCAGCAAUGGAAAACAACAUAUGGUAGAGAUUUUGGUCAGAAAGGGCUUGUGAAUGGAUCAAAUAGCCAAUCAUCACCAGAAGACUUUCUCUUCAAGAAAAAACAGGAUGGAAACAUAGUUGAAAAGAAUCCUUUGAAUGGUGAGAAAGAGAGAACAUUACAAGCUAACCGACCAGAUACUACAAACUGUACACCUGCAGAGACCCAGAGCAUCUCAGAGAAGUCGAAGUCAGGUCUGGACGAGCAGACCUGUUUUUGUGGGAAGGAGAAGACAACAUUGGUGACGACUAAGUGUGGAGUCACAUUGUGCCCAGAGUGCCUGGAGACGUUGCACUCUUACUGCAAAGUCUGCAGUCAGGUAGAGCAGACAUCGCGAGGCAUCUGCGGUGAAAUGAAGAAAUCCAAACUGAGCAUGAGUUUACCAGGUCAACACAAGGACGGCGUUAUCAAGAUCACUUACCGCAUUCCUAAUGGUAUCCAAGGGGAGGGCCAUCCAUCACCUGGAAAACCAUUUAAGGGGGCGAUAUUCGAGGCCUACCUCCCAGACAAUGAAGAUGCGAAGAAGCUGCUUCCCCGGUUGGAAAAAGCCUUCAGGGGGGGCCUCACCUUCACAGUGGCAGGCAAAGAGACAGAGGCCAAGGUCGUCUGGGACUGCAUCCCACACAAAACCAGCUUAUAUGGAGGCAAAUCUGCGAAAGGGUACCCAGACCCCACAUACUUGACACGUUUGUCCAGCAUCUUGGCUUCUAAAGGGAUUGUGUAGCCAUCAGCAAGGUCCAAAAUGAAAAAAUUACUUAUACAUGUACGUUUUUAAUAUAAUUUCAACUGUAUUAGUCAUUUGUCUUAUUGUAUUAUGUUGUAAAAUGUCAGUCAUUCCUUAUUUAUCUAUGAAUGUAAAUAACAGAAUUGAGAAUGGAAAUAUGUAUAUAUUUUUUAGAUUUUUUAAACUAAUGGCUUUUUUUUUAAGGACAUGCUUGAAUCUGUGAAUGUUUAAUGUCCCAACGUCACAGUUUGGAUUAUUUUGUAUAGCAUUUCUAAACCUUUAUUUUUUUUUUUUACCAUUUCAACUAAUUCAGUUUUUAUACGAGUGUAUUUCUGUGGUAUGAUGUGCACGUCACUGUAAAGAUAAGCACUUUGGAGCAUUCUGUGUGGGAUUAACCACAAUCCAUCUAUCCAGUUGCAAAAUACUGGAGGGUAUAAAUAUGAAUAAAAAGAGCACAUUUCCUGA